AUGUAUGAGGCUGCUAUUCCAUUUAAUGCAGUCACAUAUCCGAGUUUCCAACCAAUGAUUGAGGCUAUUGGCCAAUAUGGUGUGGGGAGGUUGUUAGAAUUAAAGCGCCCACAUUUGUAUUGGACACCAUGUGCUGCACAUUGCCUUGACUUGAUGUUGGAAGAUAUUGGAAAGCUACCAAACAUCAAGAGGACAUUGGAGAGAGCUAUAUCACUAAAUGGGUAUAUUUAUAAUCGCUCAGGGCUACUCAACAUGAUGAGGCGGUUUACUGGACAAAGGGAAUUGCUUAGGCCUGCUAAGACUCGGUUUGCAACUGCUUUUAUCACAUUAUCGCGAUUGCAUGAACAAAAAAACAAUUUGAGGAAGAUGUUUACAAGCUCAGAUUGGUCAGAUAGUAAAUGGGCAAAAGAGCAGAAGGGGAAAACUAUAGCCAACAUAGUUCUAAUGCCUUCAUUUUGGAACACUAUUGUGUUUGCUUAA